AUGACCGCCGAACCGGAAGUGAGCGCCGUGUGCCCGGAAGAUCGCUUUGCAUGUAAAGUGCUUGCUAAGUUUGAAAUCCAAAGUAUAUUAAAGGAAGGAGACAUUAUGAUAGGUGGAAUUUUCCCUGUUUAUUCAAGACAGGAGAAUAUAUUUUUUUCAUUUGAUACCAAACCACCAAUGCCAGAAUGUAAAGGAUUUGACCUACGAGCUUUCCGCUGGACGAGGAUCAUGAUGUUGGCAAUAGAUGAAAUUAAUCAAGAUGAUCGUUUGCUUCCUAAUAUUUCUCUGGGAUAUAUAAUUGUGGAUUCUUGCUCCUCUCCUACUAAUGUUUUGCGAGCUGCACUUACUUUAAUGAGCACAUCAGAGCAAAAGCUUUCUCAGUGUCACCCACCUCCUGUUUUAGGUCUUAUAGCUGAAUCAGGAUCUACUCAGUCAUUAGCUGUGGCUGGAGCAGUCGGACCAUUCAACAUACCUCUGGUGAGCUAUUUUUCAACAUGUGCAUGCUUGAGUGACAAAACAAAAAAUCCUACAUUUUUCCGAACAAUACCAAGUGAUUACUAUCAAGCAAAAGCUUUGGCUUUCCUUGUCAGACGAUACGGGUGGACCUGGAUUGGAGUUAUUCAGUCUGACAAUGAUUACGGACGAAAUGGGAUAUCAGCAUUCACAAAGGAACUGGAGGCUCAUGGGGUUUGUAUUGCAUUUGUUGGCACAGUUUUGCGCACAUACCCCCAAAAUAAAAUCCUAGAGGUGGUUGAAUUGAUAAAACAAUCAACUGUGAAAGUGAUUCUUGCAUUUGUGCCAGAAAAAGACAUAUAUCCUUUAAUGGACGAAGUGGUUAAACAAAACAUUUCAGGAAUACAGUGGGUUGGAAGUGAAGCCUGGGUAACUGCAGACAGUCUUUCCACCCCGGAAAUGUUCAAAUAUUUUGGAGGAACAAUAGGAUUUGUGGUCCGAAAGAUGGCCAUACCUAAACUAGGACCACUUCUCAAAGAAAUCAGCCCUUAUAAUGAUCCAGAAUCUGUUUUUGUCAGUAAUUUCUGGGAAACAGUGGUAGGCUGUAAGCCUCCAUCUCCAGUAAAUUAUUUGCGUAACAGCACAAAAAUAUGCUCAGGAACAGAAAAAGUUGAUUACACAAACAAAUUUUUUGAUGUAACACAACUUAGAGUUGCAUAUAAUGUCUAUCAGGGGGUGUAUGCACUCGCACAUGCCCUACACCAAGGAAUGUUUUGUGAAAAGCCUGAAAGCAGAGUGUCAGCGCCGUGUCUUAAUGCUUCCCAGAUUACCCCGAAAUUAGUAACUGAGCAAUUGAAAAAAGUGCAUUUUGUGGAUGCAUUUGGAGAGGUUGUGUACUUUGACAACAAUGGAGAUCCUCCUGCUUCAUAUGAAGUCAUAAACUGGCAGAUGAGAGAUGGGCAAGUGCAGCAUGUAGGAGUUGGUCGUUUCAGCACCUCUGCAAAUGGAAAAUAUUCGCUCAUGAUUAAUGAAGAAAAGAUAAUCUGGAGCACAGGAAAUUUGGUAACACCAAAAUCUGUUUGCUCAGAAAUCUGUCCACAAGGCACAAGGAAAGCACAAAUUAAAGGUUUACCUCUGUGCUGCUUUGACUGUAUUCCAUGUGCUGAUGGAGCAACAGAUUGCAUCAACUGCCCUGAGGAGUACUGGUCUAAUGAAAGAAAAGACAGCUGCAUCAUGAAAUUAAUCGAGUUCUUAUCAUACACUGAAACAAUGGGCAUAAUUCUUAUGGUUUUAUCACUACUGGGUGUCUGUUUAACAUUUUCUACUUUGGUGGUGUUCAUUCACUUUAGAGACACACCAAUUGUAAAAGCAAAUAAUUCAGAACUGAGUUUACUUUUACUUCUUUCUCUUAUAUUUUGCUUCCUCUGUCCUCUCACAUUUAUUGGUGAGCUGACAGUCUGGUCCUGCAUGUUGCGUCACACAGCAUUUGGUAUUGCUUUUGCCCUCUGCAUUUCCUGUAUGUUGGGGAAAACUAUUGUUGUGGUAACUGCCUUUAGAGCAACUUUACCUGGAAAUAAUGUGGCAGGAAAGUUUGGUCCAACUCAGCAAAGAGCCAUUGUGUGUUCAUGCACUGCAGUUCAAAUCGUUAUUUGUAUUCUUUGGCUAAAUGUUGCACCACCAUUUCCUAAUAAAGUCUUUGAACAACGCAGUAAGAAAAUAAUUUUAGAGUGUAACACAGGCUCAGAUGCUGCCUUUUAUGCUGUUCUAGGUUACAUUGGUCUUCUUGCCAUAGUGUGUUUGGUUCUGGCAUUUUUAGCCAGAAAGCUACCUGAUAAUUUCAAUGAAGCCAAAUUCAUCACAUUUAGUUUGCUUAUAUUCUGUGCAGUUUGGAUCACAUUUAUUCCAGCUUAUGUCAGCUCUCCUGGGAAGUAUACAGUAGCUGUAGAAAUAUUCGCAAUUUUGUCUUCAGCUUUUGGCCUACUGUUAUGCAUUUUUGUACCAAAGUGUUACAUCAUUUUAAUCAAACCAGAGAGAAACACAAGAAAACAUGUAAUGGGAAAGAAUCCAAAGUUUAAUUAA